AUGGAGCUGGAAGCCCCACCCACACUCCUGCAGCUGGCUGCACAGUGCACGGUGUUGAAGGAUGUUCUGACAAGUUCUGUUCUGCAGGACCUACCAAGGAAACUCUUCCCACCACUGUUCAAGGAGGCUGACACUCAGAGGAAAGCAAAGAUGAUUAAGAUCCUGGUGGAAUACUGGCCCUACCCUUGCCUUCUUGUUGGGUUGCUGAUAGAUAAGCCCAACUUGGAGACCUUCCGGGCUAUACUGGAUGGAGUUGGCACAUGGCUGAAACGAAAGUAUCGCCCCAGGAUGGGGAAGCUUCAAGUGGUUGACUUGAGGAAUGCACACCAUGACUCCUGGGAUAUGCAGGCUGGAAGAGAAGGUAAAGACCAAUCAGUAGAAACUAUACUUGAGAAGCAAGUAGUGGAAAGCCACUCAAGGAAGCAGCGUUUGAGGGUGUUCAGUGACCUUUCCUUUAAGUCUUCACAGCAUGAAGAUAAAUACCAAACACAUUUGUUGCAGUGGGCAAAGGAAAGAAAGGGUUUCCUGCAUCUGUGCUGUGAGAAGUUGGAGAUUGGAGCAUUAGAAGUGUCCAAGGUCAGGAAGGUGUUAAAAAUUUUACAGCCAGAGUUCAUCAAGGAGUUGAAACUGAAUACAGUGGGGAGUCUGUCCAAAUUGGCAAAACUUGUUCCUUGCAUCAGCAAGAUGAGAAAUCUUCACAAGCUCAUGUUAGUACGAAUCUUUGGAAGAAGUACUUACACACCCUUGGAUGAAAGGAAUAUUACCAAGAUCAUUUCUCUGUUCCCCAAACUCAGCUAUCUCCAGCAUCUCACUAUCGAUGAUGUCUAUUUUCUCAAAGAGCACAUGAAUGUGUUGUUCAGGUGUCUGGAGUCUCCCUUGGUAUCCCUGACCAUCAUUCUGUGUCAGAUCUCUCAGUCAGAUUUGGAGUCAUUUGCCCAGCGUUGGAAUUAUGGUCAGCUUAAACAUCUGUGCUUGAAAGGUGUCCCUUUAACUACACUGAAUGUCACACCUCUCCAGUUUUUCUUAGAGACUGUUGCAGACACUCUGCAGACUCUAGAGUUAGAAGACUGUAGGAUGAAUGAUGCUCACCUCAAUAUCCUUAGGCCUGCCCUGAUCCAAUGCACCCAUCUCACUAGCAUCAAUUUUUAUGACAAUAACAUUUCCAUGGAGGCUCUGAAAGACCUUCUGCGCCACACUGCGAACAUGAGCCAGCUGAGCACGGAACUAUACCCUGCUCCAGUAGAGGUCUAUAAUGAGUGGCGAUAUGUUCAAGUAGAGAUAUUUUCUCAGCAAUGUGCUGAACUCAUGAACACACUCAUGGCUGUAAGGCAGCCCAAAUCAAUCUGCUUUGGGACCUAUUCCUGUUAUGACUGUGAUACACGUUGUAUCUAUGAAAAGAAGACCACAUUUUGUGAAUGCUUGCAGUAA